AUGCGACGCGUGGAGGUGAGCAAGUUUGGGCCAACCGUGGAAUACUUGGCUGAUCCGUUGAUCCGUGAGUGUCUUGGCCCCUGGGGAGGGCAGUGUUCCGUGCUCAACUCCCCCGGCUCGAUCAGCAGGAGGAACGUCGUCGGGCACGAAGCAGCAGAGUGGAGGAAUGGAGAGAGAGCAACAAAGGAUGGGGAGUUGGCGCAAGUUGUCGCAGCUGAUUUUCCGCCGCACCCGCACGUCGGACUGGACAAAGGGAAAGCAAGCAAUCUGAGACAGUCGCAUCCAGGUUCCAAGGUUGCUGCCAUCCGUUUGAUUCAGCCACUAAACAUUUUAACUAAAGUUCUACCAACCAGCCUGCGCGUCGUUUGCUGUUUCAUGGAAGGCGAUAUAACGCUGCACAAAGAAUUUAACCUGGCGGAUGGAUCCGUGGAUGCAUCAACAUAUUCGCAAACCCCGCACAGCAUACACACAGCAGAUAUACGAAUUGACGAUGAAUAA